GAGCUCCGUUUUGUGUCGCUGUGAUGCGGGCCUCCAACUUGGCCCAGAAGCUGGCGAAGAUUGCAUCCAAGCGUUCCAGUACAUGUUCAGCGGCCUCUCCUUCUGACUCCCUGGGCCGCAAGCCACUAGCGGGUCGAUCCGGGACCGGACAAAUUCACUGCGGGUGUCCUCCGUUGCACCAGAGACUGCUCAGCCUUAUGAGUGCCUCUGCG